AUGGCCAAAAAGGUUGAAAAACUUAGUAUUGAAACAAAUAUUUUGGAUCCAUCAACGUUCCUUGAUAAACUUCUUCAAUCUGAAGGAGAUUUAAUGAAGUCGAAUGUCAUCGUCCACUUUCACGAUAGUGAAGCUUCUCAUGAGAAAUUUGUUACUGGUAAUUCAAAUUUUGGCUGUGAUAGUUUAAUUUUUCUAUUUUUAAAAAGGAUUUUUAAUUUGACUAAAAAGUUUUCUGAUAGUGUAUUUUUUGACAUAACCCUCAGAGGUGCUGCCUGUUUAGAAGAUGAACUAAUUGACUUAGUAAGAACAAGUAACUCUACGAAAGUUUUACCUAAUAGAAUUAGAGAUGAAUUUUCAUGUUGGACGGAUCCUUUUGCCCCAAAUACGUUUUGUACUACUGUUGAAAAGGAAGGCUAUAUAAAGCCUAUACUAGAUGUUAUGUCCAGGGGUUUGGCUAUAUUGAAAAAACUACCAGAAAUUGUUAACAGUCGCUGUCCAUGUGUAUAUUUUAUUGAUAUAGUUAAACUUGAUGAUGAUAACCCGGAAGUUUCUGAAGCUGUAAGAUGGAUAUUUGCUGAUAUACCAUGUGGUGAAAAUGAUGAAUUAGGAAAUAAGUUUGUUAGAUUUCUCCAACAAGAUCCUGCAAUUAAUGAGAUCAACGUAAAAAUUCGGAAAGAACCUCUCUUUGCUAGUCUCAAAAAUUUUCUACUUAGAGACACUUCUUCGACUAUAAUUUUUAAUGCUUCAUAUAAUUAUUGUCUUCUGGAAUUUAAUAAGACCCGAGACGUUAUUUCAAAAUGGUUUGCUCUUCCACAAGGGAUUAUUAAACUUGAGACGCAACUUUACCUUUCCGCCACUGCGGCUGAUUUGGAUUUUUUUGAGAAAUUUGAGGAAGAUGAAAAGUUAGUUGAAAUGCUUCCUCAACCAGAAGCUGAAAAACGAGAAUUUGAAUUGAAACUAUUGAGAGAAAGUAACAAUAGGAUUGUUGAUGAUAUAGAAAAAAGUGUAGAAAAAAUUGACAAUGUGAAGAAAAAAAUAUCAAAAAAUAAUAAACUUGUUGAAGCGCAUCAAAAAGAUAUUUCUGCAAUUCAAGGUGAGAUUGAAAAGAUAAAUUCCGAAUACACUGCAUCCGUUGAAGAAAACGUAAAACUAGGCUGUGAACUUGAUAUUUUAAACAAUAAAAUGUCUGAAAAUAUAAAAAAUAUUGAAAUUGAACAAAAGAAAAUUGAUGCCAUUUUACCUGUAAUUGAAAAAUUAAACAUUCUUUGUGGUAAUUUGGAAAAAGAAAAUGAUGAGAAAGAAGAGGAGCGUAAAAUAAUUUCUUCAAAAGCUAAUAAGUUAAACACAAUGGGAUUAGAUUUGUGGAAGGUAUCUGUUGAAAAACUGGAACAAAUAUCAGAAAAUUUUGAUAAAUUAAAACUUGACGCAGGACAAAAUAAAGAGAAUUCAAAUAUUGCCUAUAAUAUUUCUCAUAUAGAAAAGUUGGUGGAAAUUGUUUCAAAAGAUUAUUUUGAUUUUUUGGAUCUGGAAAAAGACGCUAAAAAAGACUUCCCUGACGUAUGCUCUUCUGCUGAAAGUGGUUUGUACAUGUUAAAAGACAAAGUUAAUUUAAGAGAAGCAGAAAUCUCUAGAAAACUAAAUGAGGUCUCUGUUAAAUUUAAUGACAAUGUUCAAGAAGAAAUGAAGCUUAUAUUUGAUGACGCUACAAAUUCUUUAAGUAAAAAUAAUGUAGAUAUUAAUUCUGAAUUGCAAACAAAUAUAAUUGAACAAAAAGAAAUUUCAUUUUUGUAA